CCCAAAUGUUGUUUUCUUUUUGGUGUAACAAAACACAAUAAUGGAAGUGGUAGGGAAGCUAAGCUUGGUUUUUCUUAUGGUGGCCUUAGCCAUCGCAACCGAUAGGGCAUAUUCGUUCAACAUGGUGGAAAAAAGCCAUGGCCUAAAUCACUUCCAACGCUCGGUGUUGGGUGGUGGUGGUGCAAUUGGUGACUAUAUUGGCGUUAAUAAUGAAAUGUUGAUGGAUUCAGAAGCGAGUCGUCGCACGCUAGCGCAAGGUAGGUCUCACAUUAGUUACCAAGCAUUGAAGGCCAACUCUGUCCCGUGUGGGCGUCGCGGUCAAUCCUACUACGAUUGCCAAAAGAGGAAAAGGGCUAACCCAUAUAGGCGUGGUUGCAGUGCCAUUACUCAUUGUGCUAGAGUCACCGGUUGAUCUCAAAAGUAAUAAAGUUAAAAAUUAUAAUAUCUCUUAUAAUAUAUAUUUAUUUAUUUUUUUGUUAUAUACUUAUUAUUUUUGAAUUUGUAUUACAAAGGAAAAAAUGGUUGGAAAAUGUUUGUUUUAGCAAAGUCUAAUGAAGGAUUGGUUUGCAUUGUA